AUGUCUCGAGGACAUGGAAAGCCAACCGAAAUAACUCCCCUGGAGAUCCAUAUUAAUAAGCUGUUAGAGAAUGUGCGAACUGACCAACAAUAUCAACACAUAUCAUUAGAAUUGUUCACGGAAUGGGUUAUUGAUUUUUGCAAUGAACAAGACACCGAAUACGGCGAUUGGGGCAAUGAAGAACUAUUCGGAGAAUAUGUCGAUGAUCAAUUAGCACGUCUCAAUAGAGUGACAGCGACAGAUGUCGGAAAUGUUCGUUUGUUUCCGAAUGAGAUCGACUUCCUUCUGGCUCAAGAAUUGGUCAAACUGAUCGGCGUAGAUGCAGGAUCUCCAGCGUGGGAUUUGGCCAACGCCUUGGCUUCCAUUCGACAACCUAAGGUUCGACAAACUAGAAGAAGAAGAAGAACGGCCCCACACCGAGCUGCCAACUUGCGUGUACCAACGCAACCUCUAGUGACACCGACCCCAGUUGCGCCUUUGGUUAUACUCGCGAGGCCCCCAAUCCCCCACCAAGAAGCUCCCAUUCUUCGAGGAAUGCUCACUCAGGGAGCUCCUGCUCCAGGAACGGUUCUCUUCGUUCCUGCAGCAUCUACAUCGCAGCCCGGCCCAUCAGCCCCAGGUCAACAUUCUCCAGGAACGGUCCUCGUUGGUGCAGCAUGGAGAUCUCAGCCGGGCCCAUCAGCCCCAGCUCAACCUGCACCGGCUCGCCGUGGUCGAGCUCAAAAACUAGACGCAGUUGUGGACCGAAUUUCCUCUCGACUCGUUCCAGCCGCUGAUAGAACUUUCACAGCUCCUGAAGCUCCAGCCGCUCUUCCAGAUGCUGUUGCUCCAGAAGUUCCAAUCAAGGAAGAAGAGCCAGAAGAUGUUCCAGCAUCGCUUGAACCAGAAGCUCCAGCCGCUCUUCCAGAGCCUCUUCCUCUACAAGCUCCAAUUAAAGAAGAAGCUCCAGCCGCUCUUCCAGAGGCUCUUCUUCUACAAGCUCCAAUUAAAGAAGAAGAACCAGAGGCUUUUCUUCUACAAGCUCAAAUUAAAGAAGAACCAGAGACUCUUCCAGAUUUUCUAGAGGAUCCAAAUGCUGAUCUAGAACCCCUUGAGCCUGAUGAACUAGCCGCUCUUCGAGAGGAUGCAUAUGCUGAUCUACUUCCCUAUGACCCAGAAGAAUUUGCGGCUCUCCCAGAGGAUCAUGCUCCUGAAGCGAUCGCUGCUCCAGAGGCAGAUGCUCCAAUAGAGGCAGAUGCUCCAGUUGUUCCAAUUCAAGAAGAGGAUUCGAUUCAAGCUGCGACAGCAGCUCGUGAACAAGAAGAAGAUUUUUCCGAGGAUUCGGAAGUUUUCGGUUCCAUGGUUUUUCGAAAUGAGGAUCACUAUAAAACGCCUGGAUGGGAACUUCCACCCGCGGAGGAUUCAGAAGACAAGCAGGAGGCGGCAAUUCAACCAUCGCAGACUCGCUCUUCAACUCCAGCAGCUCCUAUUCAAGGAGCUCUAGUCCAAGCACCAGCAGCAGCAGGACCAGCAGCUGCACCAGUAGCUGCACCAGCAACGCCAGAACCUGCAGCACCCGCCACACCAGCAGCCACUCCUCAAAGAAAAAGAGGUCGAAAGCCGAAGAGCUGGGCAGUUGCACCAACUCCAGCUACACCAGCCACACCAGCAGCCACACCUCAAAGAAAGAGAGGACGCAAACCGAAAAGCCAGGCUGCUGCACCAACGCCAGCAGCUCCUCCUGUGAAGCGGGGACGUCCCAAGAAGACAAAAGAGGAGGAAAGCGAGCUGCAGGAUUGCUUUGUAUGCCCCGGGUGCAAACUUCCGGCUGGUCUCACUGGCAAGAAGGAGUCGACGGACUAUCGGUGCGGGUGGUGCCUUUGCUGGUAUCAUGCAAAGCACACCACCUGGACCGAAUGGCCCAAGUACGAAGGGCAAUACUGGUGUGCGAAUUGCGACAAGCUUCCUGACGACGACGGGAGCCGAAAACUGAGAAAGAGGAAGGCUACCGAGCCGCCGCGCCGUUCUGCUCAAAUCAGAGGUUUCGACAACGUGAGUUACCUCAAAUAUUUGUGUGAAAGUAAUUUGAGUAUUCAGCUUUCGAAGUAUUCUACUAAGAGGAAGAAGGAAGUGGAGGAGGACGAUGAUGAAGAAGAAGUAAAGGUUACUCCAAAAAGAAGAAAGGAGUCAACGUCGCCAAUACUGCACAUGCUGGCUUUAAAAAACCAUCCUAGUUGUUCUACUGCAGAAGGAAGGAUGCUGAUGAUUGGAAACCAACAUCAAAUGGUCAAUGCGAAUGUUUUGUUCGUACCACCAUCACCAACUCCAGCGAUACUGGUCCCAGCUGUUGGCUCUAUUCCCUCCGUGGAAGCCCCUCUCCCCCACCAAGAAGCACUUUCACUUUCGGGGAUGCUUACUCAGGGAACUCCAGCUCAACCGGCUCCAGGAGAUGCAGCGCUUGUUCUUCCAGCAAUCACAGCUCGUUCUCGUCCAGCAACUGCUAUUCCACGCGUCGCAGCUUGCCAUGGUCGACGUCAAAACCUUCAAGCAAUUCUAGAUCGGCUUUCUGCUCGACUCGCUGCAGCCGCUGUUCAAAAGCCUAUUGUUUUAGGAGCUCAAUAUGUUGCUCCAGUUGCCCUUAACCCAGAAGCUUCUGCCGAGGUUCCAAAGGGUCUUUCUCCAGAAGCUCCAGCCGCUGUUCAGAAGCCUUUUUCUCCAAAAGCUCCAUCUGCUGAUCCAGCUCCCUUCGAGCCAGAAGCUACUGCCGCAGCUCCAGUCAGAGAAGAAGCGCCAAAGGCUGUUCCUGAUCCUCUUGCGCCAAAGGGUUUUAUUCAAGCUGCAGCAUCUCCAGUAAGAACUUUGGAGAACGAAAUUAAACAGCGUGAGCGAGAAGUCAAAUUUUCGGAGGAUACAGGAGUUUUUGAGCCAGAAGUAACUGUUGAGCAGGAGGAGACAAUUCAACCAUCGGACACUCGCUCUCCAUCUCCGGAAAUUUCGGUUCAAGAAGAUUCUGUCCAUGAAAGAGAGCGAACGCCGGUUCUUCGUCCAGCAGAAGCACCAGAAACACCAGCAAAACCAGCAGGACCGGAAGGACCAGUAGGAACAGCAGGGCCAGCAGGACCAGCAGGACCAGUAGGACCAGUAGGAUCAGCAGAACCAACAGGACCAGCAGGACCAACUGGACCAGCAUCACCAGCAGCUGCACCAGCAACACCAUCAAAAUCAGCAGGACCAGUAGGAGCAGCAGGAAAGGCAGGACAAACAUCACCAGCAGCUGCACCAGCAACACCAUCAAAAUCAGCAGGACCAAUAAGAACAGCAGGGCCUGUAGGAACAACAGGACCAACAGGACCAGCAUCACCAGCAGCUGAACCAGCAACACCAGCAGGAUCAGAAUCACUAGCAGCUGCACCAGAAACACCAGCAGAACCAAGCACACAAGCAGCACCUGCAGCACAAGCAACGCUAGCAGCCCCAGCCGCACCAGCCACACCAGCAGUCACUCCUCAGAGAAAGAGCGGACGCAAGCCGCAGACCAAGAGAGCUGCAUCAACUCCAGCUGCUUCUGCUGUGAAGCGCGGACGUCAAAAUAAGGAGGCGAAAAUAGAGGAGGAAAGUGAAUUGCAAGACUGCUUUGUAUGCCCCGGUUGCAAACUCCCGGCUAGUCUCACUGGCAAGAAGAAGUCGACGGACUAUCGGUGCGGGUGGUGUCUUUGCUGGUAUCAUGCAAAGCACACCACCUGGACCGAAUUCCCCGGGUUCAAGGAUAAUUAUUGGUGCGCAAAUUGUGACAAGCUUCCAGACGACGACGGUAGCCGGAAACAACGGAAGAGAAAGGACACCGAGCCGAAGCGCCGUUCUGCUCAAAUUAGAGCUUUUGAUAAAUUGUCGAGAUAUUCUACUGUCAGCCGGAAGAAGACCAGGGACGACGAUGAAGAAGAGGAGUCCACUCCAAAGAGAAGAAAGACCACUGCCACCCCCAAGAGAAGCCAACGGCGUCAAUAA